AGCGUAGCUGUCUCAUUAAACGCAUAACAGCAAGUUGUGUAACUUCUUCACCGAAAAAUCUACGAAUAAAUAGAGCAAUGCUGAACUACAAAUAUUACGAUUCGCCCGAAGGGCAGGACAUUUUCAAAAAAGUGUUUGUGACAUCGAAAUAUGCUACUAUGUCCGGGCUUGGUCUGGGUGCAUUCGACGUCCUCAUGUUUUCGCAUCCCAAGGGUUUAGCGGGUACCGUGGGUCGCAUGGCGUACUACGUCGGCCCCUUAGUUGGCAUGGCUGCAGCGUUCACUGUCACUGCCAAUGUCGCGCAGAAUUUCAGGGGGAAGAACGAUAAGAUCAACUAUUUCCUGGGAGGAGUAGCGGCAGGCUCAGUGUUUGGGGCUUGGCAGAGGUCUAUCACCAUUGGAGUGCCCGCGGCGGUGGUGCUUGGAGUAGCGGCGAUCGUUAAGAAGACUGGCGUGGACGAAGGCUGGAUUUUCUUCCCGGACAACCGCACGGCCCACCAAAGUGCUACCUCUGCCAGAAAUGACUUCACAAUGGCUAAAGACAUUACGGAAUACAAAACCUGGUCCACUGGUCAUUAAAUAGAAGAACUCAUUGGUGUAGUGUAAAUAUGAACAGCUUGUAAUUAAGUAAAUCAAUAAAUGAAGAUCAUUUGUUA